GGGCGGAAUGGGCGAAGCAGCGUCUCCGCUUCAUUUAUGCGCCCAGUCACAGAUUCUUGUGAGCGAGACUAUUCAGUCAAAAGAAAGAGACACGCCCCCUCGCUCCUCUCUUUGUCUUAUCCCUCUUGUCUCUCUUGUCCCUCUCUGCCUCCUGCCUCCAUUCCAUUCAUUUUCUUACUCACAAAGACAAGGACACUGCACGUGCUCCAUUGCCGCCAACUACCCCUCUUCGCGCCUCUCCAUUGUCCAGCAGAUUUCUCUUCCUCUUCUUCUUCCUCCUCAUUCCCUGUCCUUCCUUUUCCUCCUUUCCUUUCUCUCGCCCUAUUCAUCCGCCGUCCAUAACCAAGCACCAAGACAUCCUCCUCCGCGUUACCUCGACAGGAUGCUCGACAGACCCUUCUCCGACGUCUGCUGCACCGUCUCGUGUUGGGCACUGCUCUUCUCUGCCAUCCUCCCCUCCAUCCAGGCCAUGGGCGCGGAGGUCCCUGCUGUCAAUGCUGCCGCUGCAAACCCGCCCUCGCUUCUCCCUCUUCGAGACGUGCACUCGCGCCAUCAUCCCCAACAGAAGCAUCUCAAUCACCGCCAACAUUCCUCGCCGAACCCACAGACCUUUGCCCUGACCGUCUAUCUGGAAUCGAGUCCCCAGGAACUCUUUUCGCUCUCCAUCCUCACCAGCCCCUCGGUGCCUUCCUCACUCCCUCACCCGAGACGCAAACUGACAUCGCUGCGGCAUCAACGGCGCUCUGUCGGGACUGCCGAUGGUCAUGGCAGCAGUUUCAAGGAGUCGCAGACAAGGGCAAAGCGGCCCUCCUCCUCAUCUGUCUCAUUAAAACAAAAGGAUCCACGGAAGCAGCGCGGUAUUCAUCGCCCCAUGAGAACAAUUGUAAUGAACAAGGAUAAUGGCGACAUGGCUAUGGAACAAGAAACGAUAACAGGGCAAAAGGCAGCCGUCAGCGGAAAUGGCCCUCGACGGCUCUCUCGACACAAAUACCCUCAUGCAUUGACUCAGAGAUCGUAUGAAGAAUAUCCAAGUACAACUGCCACCACCACCACUAAUGUCGAUAAUGAACAGGAUACGCAGCAAACGACCGUGGAGGAUAACAUCGUUUAUUCAGCCGUACGCGUCCUUGCAGAGGCUGCAGGGAUGUUGAUUGGCAAAUCUACUGUCGACCCAUCCUCUCAGGAUGUUUUAUCCUCCUCGCUGUCAUCGCUUUCAAACUGGAGCAAGGAUAACCUUGAGUUUGCAAAGGCUCUCUGGGACUAUUGGGAUGAGCUCGAUGCACUCAGAAGGAUACAGAUGCAGCUGGAGGAGCAACUGAGUGACGGUCUCGACCAUGCUUUCUAUGGAUCUCAUCGCCAGCGCUACCGUCGUCACCCCACAGCAUCGUCCACUUUCAAGCGCACACUAUGGAAGGGCCAGGUCAACCCUGUGGACCCAUGGGGCGGCAAGAUAAGCAUGUCUUUGAUAUCCACUUGGCUUCAAGACGAUAUAUCGGGUCCAAUUGUACUCUUUCCGCUGUCUGCGCCGAUGCCGACCAUGCCGCAUCAAUGGAUCGCAUUAAUACCGUGUGCCGUCAAGGGCGUCGAUGCCCAUGCUAUACAGCAAUUGGACGCUUCGGCCAUUGUUCUUUACCCUACACUGAGUGCCGACUGCUUUGUGGUGUCUGCUCUCAAAGGCAGCUCGAUCCCGUUAAUGGUCCUGGGCCAAGAGAGUGCGGAGCAGCUCAUCUAUACCUUGGAUAGCCUCAGCCAUGGCGCACUUGCAAUGGUCACUCUUUCUAAAGAAGCCAGUCCGUUCGAUGAAGCAAGAACAAAAUCUACCGAGCUGGAGAUGAACAACAUAAACUCUCAGCAGGCGCAGGGGAAUGGGAAGGAAACAUCGGACGGCGGCAAUAUCAAGACUCAUCAGAUUGAGAAGCAGCGCCACGUCUUUAUCUCGUUGCCCGAAAUCGCAUCUCUUGUCGACUCAUUUGCGUCUGGGGCUGCAGCUGGAGUGAGAAGAGUACUCAUGAAUCUCGGGCUAGAUACCCAGCAUGCGGACCUCAGAGCGCCUCGCUUGAAUGAACAGCCCUUGCUGGACAAGGAGAGUGUAGAAGGCCACAUGAAUGUCAUGACUUCAAUCUCGUAUCGCUCGCUAUCGCGUUCUUCACAAAGCAAGCAAGACAGGACUCGGGUGACAGAAUACUCCAAAGCAGCUGCCGGCAAACAUGGCGCUAAGGAGGGUAGUCAGGGCAAAAUGGAGGAUACGUUGACUGAACCGGCUCCCACAGCCAAUACAGUCUCAAGCAGUAGCGGUCCUGAAAUCAGUUCAAUACGGCACUCAAAGACUAGAACCCGCCCGAAUCGACUUGCUCAACGCGUUCAUCCAACCUUGCCCUCCAAGGUCUUGGACGAGGUACAAUCUUCAGUCCUCCGCAAGGACUCUCGUCAUUCCAACGGCAUCAACUCUUUCUGGAGCAGCAGUUAUAUCCAAUACCGUAGCGGCAACGGCCCAACUAGCAUAUCAGGGAGGCUGGCCAUGGCCCUGAUGAGCACGAUCUGUGGCGUUGGGAUUGGUAUGUUUGGGGCACUGUUGUUCGUUGUCGCACUCAAGAUCCGACUCUUCCAGUCUCGACGAUCCAGCCAUAGUAGCCAUCCGCACCAGGGGGGCCAUCAGCAGCAAAGACAUCAGCAAAUACGAGAGAGCGGGGACAGGAAAGUGAUUCCAAAGGCGAUCCUAGAGAGCUACGGCAUCCACACAGUGCUGGAGAUAACAGUCGAUACUGUAAUGCUCACCUCUACAUGCGGGAAAACGCAGUCUGAUAUGGGCUUGUUCGCAGCAAAGAGAAAGCUGCCUUAUGCGGAAGAUGUUAUCGAGAUGGAGGAAGGACUCCAAGAUAUAGACGUAAGAGAGAAUGCACAGAGACAGAUGCUGCACAGGAGGAGAACUGGCAGUGGACAGGUGUUGCUGAGGCGAGAAACCGGUGCAGAGAGUUGUGAGGAGGAGGAAAAUGAAGGCAAGGAAGAAGAAGUGAGCGGCAACGAUGGAGAGGAGAGUAACGACGACGGAGAAGAGUGCGUCUGCAACGAUCACGAUGGCGACGAAGAAGAAAACUGGCAUGAGGACGCAGCGACAGCGGCCCUGACGGAGACACCCAUGGACAUGAAUAUGGAACAGAUCACAACCGCCUCUCUAACGGUGACCCAAGAGGACUCCUACCGCAGGAUCGCCGUUGGCCGCCAAGGACGGCUCAACCACCCGAUACCAUCGUCUCCAUCCUUUGCUUCAAUGUCUUCAUCGGUUUCGUCUGGAACGACUAGAUGUUGCUCGUCGCACGACUAUUGCCGGAGGAAGAAGAAGAAGAAGAAGAAGGCCGAGUUGCCGUUUGCGAAUGCAAAUGCACAGACGAUGUGUGCGAUAUGCUUGGCGGAGUAUGAGAUUGGGGACCAGGUCCGGACGCUACCAUGUUAUCAUCAGUAUCAUCUCGAGUGCAUUGAUCCAUGGUUGCUCAAUGUUGCCUCACUGUGCCCAAUCUGCAAGCGGGACCUGUGGCCAGGGUGUUCUUCUUAACUUUUCCUGCAGUAUACUCCUUUGCAGCGAUUAUUAUGUCAUUUGGUGGAAAAGUACUACUAUAUUGAUGAUUAGAUGAUAGAUGACAUUGCACUGCAGUAGACUAUUAUUUAAUAUAGGCGAAUAAUUGGGAUCGGACGGC